AUGAUUUUUCAGUUCGAAUACAUAGACGGAAGCAUCAUAUCAGCCCUCGCUAUCCUGGAGACUCCAAAUGCUGAAAAUUCGCAAAAGGUCGCUUCGUCAGAGGUUGGAGAAACCGAGGGUUCAGCAGCGGGACAAAGUGGUAUAACCACAACAGACGAAUCUGAAAAUGCCCGGCAGUUCCUUUGGGAUCUGAGACAGGAUUUCGUUCGAGAUCUAAUACCAUUCCUUGUUAAUAGUUUCCUCGGCCACGCGGGCCUUUACAUCCUAUCACUCGCUGGAUACAUCGGCAUGAAUUCAAAUAGUAUACCGGGCCUUGUGUUUUUGUUAACUAUAGGAAUCAUAGGCAAGAUGUUUGCUACUCCGACUUCCUUCAAUGCCGUCACUAGUCAACGAAGCCUUGCUCGUCGGCUUUUGCAGGCUGAAGGAGAAAUUUGGCCCGUUUUCAUUGGUCUCGAUAUUUUCAUGGUAUAUAUGUUUAUGACAGCUGUGAUCAUGGUUUCAGCCAAGUCAAAUUAUACAGGAGAAGUCACAUUCCUCGUCCUCAUUAUAUCCAGGCUAUUUGUGGGCCUUGCUCUAACGAAUCUCCACACUGCUUGGGUUCACACUGUCAUUUCAAAGACCACGAAAAAGUCGAUUUGGCAGAGAAUUCCUGGCUGGCGAAAAUGGAUCGAAAUACUACCAGUAGCAUCCCUGGACAUAGUCCUGCCGAACUGCGUUUACUAUCUGGCAAAAGUCCUUUUGGUAUCUUUCCAUGGCGUGUUUUUUGCUGCUCUGGGUAGCCAGGCUUAUGAGAACAUGCCUUCCUCACUAACAACGUCCGGUAAGAUCGCGUUUGUUACAAUCCCGAUUUUGUCGAAAUCUUUGGUCUCGCUUUUUACACGAGUUUUGUACGUAAUGGUUGCGGCGUCAAUGCUCCCUGACAAUGAUCAAUCCAUCGUACCCUUCGACCGAAGUUUUGGAGGCCGAGCCAACAAUGAGACACAUUGUCUUAGCAUACCGGAUGCUUUCAGGACGAUGAAAGUGCAAAACUGGUAUCGCUAUAUGAAAAUUGUUUGGGAGAUGUUAAUGUAUGAGAUUUCUUGGUUGUGUCCUUUUAUUAUUGUCAUUGCCAUGGAGCUGUAUUAUUGGGCGCCAGACACAGCUAUUGAUUUACUUGUCUUGCUUGUGCCAAAAGAUUUUUGA